AUGGAAAUAAACCUCAGAGUUUGGCUUGUAAUACAACAAAUUACAACCUUAUGUGUAGCCAAGAGGAUAUUAGGUGUUUUUCCACAUUUCGGUUAUAGUCAUUUCAAAGUUUAUUAUCCGCUUUUACACGCUUUGGCGGAAAGAGGCCAUAACGUUACGGUAAUCACCUAUAUUCACAGUCCUAAUUCACCGGAGUUUUACGAAGAAUGGCUAUUAAAAAAUGAACAAGUAAAAGAAAUCGUCUCUUUGAGUGGCACGUGGCCUUCACGAUCCUGGGGUAAUUUACUUAAAGAAUACCUCUUAUUACAUAGAGAAGGUCAAAGUAGCUGCAAAAAGCUGUACGAGAGUGGUUUUGUUCAAAGAGCACUAGAUCAACAUUUAAUUCAACCAUAUGAUUUGGUGAUAACCGAAUACUUUAACAGUGAUUGCCAAUUAGUAUUACCACAUCUUAUGAAUUUGCCGAUAGUAGGCUUUAGUUCUUGCCUGCUAAUGCCUUGGUACUAUGAACGUCUUUUAAUGCCCGACACACCUUCGUACAUACAAUCAGAGUUCAUUGGAUAUCCAGAGCCUUUAGAAUGGUAUCAAAGAAUAGAAAAUUUUUUGCAAGCCAAGUUAUUAGCUCUGCUUUAUCGCUUUUAUACCAAUCAUUGUGAUAAUAUGCUUAUCAACUCUUAUUUUAAAUGGUUAUUUCCUGAUGUGAAUAGUAUAGCGAAACGGCAAACACGUAUCGUGUUUGGCAAUCAGCAUUACUCACUUAUGGGUAUUCGACCAAGUAAUCAACAAUUUAUUGAAGUUGGAGGGAUACACAUCAACGAAAGUUCUAUAAAUGACCGCGAACUACCGAAAAACAUUAAAACUUUCUUAGAGAAUGCCGAUCAAGGCGUACUUUUCAUUAGUUGGGGAUCAAUGAUCAAAUUUUCUACUAUGCCUAAUAAUCUAAUAAAACGCAUUGUAGCUGUGCUGCUCCGAUUUGAUGUGAAAGUAAUAUGGAAAUGGGAGAGUGACAAAAUACCAACGGAAAGUGAGAAAUUUUUAUUUAUAAAGUGGGCUCCACAAUUACAAUUGCUAUGUCAUCCCAAAGUUAAGUAUUUUUGGGGCCAUGGUGGCCUUUUAGGUAUUACCGAGGCUCUGUAUUGUGGCAAACCUAUGCUUAUAACUCCCAUUUAUGGAGAUCAAUUCGUUAACUCUUAUGCCGUUAAAAAUCGUAGGAUAGGCUAUGUCUUAGGCUAUCUCGAUAUGCGUUCCAGUGAGUAUAGCUUAUAUGCGGCCUUCAAAAAUUUGACGAGAUCAGGAUACGAGCACCGAGCCAAGGAGUUCUCCGAGAUGUUUCGCCAUCGUGAAAAUAAACCUAUAGACACUGCUGUUUGGUGGGUGGAACAUUUAUUGAAGUAUAAAAGCACCUCUGAAACUCUACAUUCGUAUGCAAUCGAACUAAAUUGGUUUGUAUUUAAUUCCCUGGAUGCGAUUAUGGUAAUUAUUGUAUCAAUUGUGGUAAUUAAGAAAGUUUUUCUUGGUGAAGGAGAAACUUAUAAGGAUUUUCUCUUUUUUUUAUUCUUGGGUGUACUUAUUUUGUACAGUUUUUUUAGUAAAUAA